UGCAGCUGGUGAUGGGAACAAUGAGAGAUCUGCACAAGUUCUACCCUGAAAUCAUACCCAGUAGUCAACUGUAUGAAAUUAAGGGAUCAUCUAUCGAUAAGGUUCUGAAAUAUUUUUGUGAGGCUUUGAGAUCAACUGGGGAUUCAUGGAUGAUGAAUCAAGAGUGGAUGGACAAAGCUACAUACAACAUGUACAAUAACAGUGAUCAAAGGAUCAGUUCGGAACAAGCAGUUGAAAUUGCUUCCGCAACACUCACCUGCAUGAUUAAGAUAGCAAGAGAAAUGUUUGAUGUGAUGGAUGAAUAUGAGCCAAAUAAAGACAUUCAACGAUCCAACGCCUUCAGCAAAAUCUUGAUGGAAUCCUCUUCAGACAACAACAUCUAUAGCCCAUGUGCUUCUCCAGAGACUCCUACAUCAGUGCUUCCCGAGUUUACGGGUUCUCCUGCUUCUGGAGAAUUUUCAAAUUUUUAUAGCUCUUCUCCUCUUCUCAGAUCUCUGAGAGUUCAAGCACUUGAAAAAUUGAACCCCAUGGACAUAAAACGUCUCUCAUUCCACAUGCCUUCAAACCUGGAAAUUCUAGACGGCAGCAGUUUGAAACGAAAGGACAGAGUGGAUGAUGAAACAAUGACAGAAGUGGAAGCAAAGCGCAAGCCAUUGUUCGAAAGGAGCAAUUCAGAAGAAAGCAGCAAUUGUGAGGAACUGAUGUUUGAAAUAGAAGCAAGCAAUCAUUAUGAUGUGAAAAAAGCUGCUGACCUUGAGGAUCACAGCGAUUACAGCUUCAAACGUGGAAUGCCACAGAUUGCAGCAGCUGAGACCAAUCCAGUGAUAGCUGAAGCCAUAACGCCACCAGCUGCAUUGUCAGUCAAUGCAUCACCAGUUCCACCAGCGCAGCCUCACAUAUCCUCACCCAUGAUGGUAGACGUUGUGGCCACACCAUCACUACCAUCUACUCCUCCACCAAUGAAGCUGCAACCAGAUGUAGCAACCACACAGCCACCACCUCCAACUCCACCUCCACCUCCUCCUCCACCACCACCAUUCGUGCUGCAGCCAGCGACUUUUACAGUGGCUAACGUACCACCUCCACCACCCCCCCCCCCACCGCCACCACCUACUAUGUCAAGAACUGUAACAGCACCCCCGCUACCACCUCCACCACCACCACCACCACCUAUGGCAUCUGGAACUGCAGCAGCAGCACCCCCACUGCCACCCCCACCCCCACGUAUGUUAUCAGGAACUGGAACAGCAGCAUCAAUGCUGCCACCACCACCACCUCAAACAUCAACUGCAAGAAACGCACCACCUCCUCCACCACCACUCAUGAUGUCUUCAAAAGGAAUGAUGCCAUUGCCACCGCCACCACCUAUGCCUCUCGGAAAUGGAGCUGCUCCACCACCUCCUCCACCUGGUGCAGCAAGAUCAUUACGCCCCAAGAAAGCACAGACUAAAUUGAAGAGAUCAAGUCAGAUGGGUACUUUGUAUCGAGCGCUUAAGGGGAAGGUGGAAGGAGGAAAUCAGCUUACUAAAUCACCUACUGGAAGAAAGGGUCCAGCUUCGAGCAGUGCUGGCGGAAAGCAGGGAAUGGCUGAUGCACUAGCAGAGAUUACAAAGAGAUCAGCAUACUUCCAACAAAUUGAAGAAGAUGUUCAAAAGUAUUCAAAGGUAAUCACAGAGCUGAAGGCUGCCAUCAGUACCUUCAAAACAAAGGACAUGACAGAAUUGAUCAAGUUCCACAAGCAUGUCGAAUCAAUUCUUGAGAAAUUAACCGAUGAAACACAGGUUAAUAUAACAGAAAAAGUUUGUUAUUUUCACCACUCUUCAACGUCCACAUGUCCUGUUCAAUUUCUAUAUCAUCAUGACCUGUAUUUCCUUGCAUUACAGGUGCUUGCAAGGUUUGAAGGUUUCCCUCAAAGAAAGCUGGAAGCAUUAAGGACAGCAGCUGCCCUAGGCUCAAAGUUGAAUGGCGUAGUGUCUGAACUGAAAAAUUGGAAGGCAGAGCCCCCAUUAGGCCAGCUUCUUGACAAGACAGAACGUUACUUCAACAAGAUCAAAGGAGACCUUGACGCCUUGGAGAGGACAAAAGAUGAAGAAUCCAAGAAAUUUCAAAGUCACAACAUCGACUUCGACUUCCAUAUUCUUGUACAAAUCAAGGAAUCAAUGGUGGAUGUUUCUUCGAGCUGCAUGGAAUUCGCACUCAAGGAGAGGAGGCAAACAAAAGCAGCAGAGACAGCAGUACCUGGAACCAAAACAGAACCUAGAAGUGCUGGUGCUAAGAUGCUUUGGAGGGCUUUCCAAUUCGCAUUCCGGGUUUAUAGCUUUGCUGGUGGACAUGAUGAUCGAGCUGACAUGCUGACAAGAGAAUUGGCCCAUGAAAUAGAGACUGAUCCUCAUCAUCAAUGAAUGAUUAAAAACUACUAAAAGAAAAGAAAAAACCCUCUAGAGUAUACACAUAUGUUUAUAUUCUAUAUUGCAUUGAUUGACGGCGAUGGAACAUCUUCAGAUACAACUUUUGCUUGCUAUUUUGAUGAACUAGGACUUAGCACUGCUUCAAGUUUCUAUGCUACGAUAUUCUUUAUGGAACUUUGAGUCACAACUCUAGCUAUUCUACUCCCAUUUGUAAUAUGUAAUUCUUGAGGUGCAUGUUCUUAAGGGAUUGAUUCUUUGCCCCCUUUUUUUCCGAUAAAUCAUUUGAUGGUUGAGGGAUUUGGAGGUGUACUAGAACCUCAUUUUUGAAAAAGAAAAAAUGUGGCUACCAAUUAUGCUAUGAUGCCUUGGCACGGCCAUGUAUUUUAUUAUUAUUUCUACUUUAUAUUUUUCAUUUGUAGCUUCAAAUUUCAAUGUCCUUUUCUUAUCUUUCGAUUUGAUGUUGUUGAAUAACACCUCAAGUUCUUGUUGGAAAAUAUCUGUCGUUUUCAUUUUAAUUCAUGAGGACCUAUCAUUGAAAUUUUGCUUCAUUUGAUUGAAGACUUUCGAAAUUUUAUAAGCAUGAUCAGCAUUUUAGGCUAUCUCAAAUAUAAGCUUGUUUGCACAGAACUGCAAUGAAGAUUAAUUCGCAUAAAAAGAAAUUGCAAUGAAGGUAACAUUUCUGUUCUUUAUCAUUUUAUUUUAUUUUUUAUCUUGAAGACAACAUUUCUUUGCUUGAUUAAUCCAGAUCAGUACAUGGAUCAGAAGAACAAAAGGUAACCACGUAUCUCUUAAUCAGCAAGCUAAAAGAGAAGCAAAAUACAUAC